GUGUUUCAUUGCCGCGGGAGUUCUUGGCGUGCUGCAUUUGACACGUAAGAAUAGUAGGACCAGUAGGCGCGAUUAAGGAGAUCUCGGCGAAAAUGCGUCGUUAUUGUCCGAAAAAGCAAGAGCAGCAUUCUUCCGUCGGUGGUCUCGGAAUCGACGGCCUUGUCAAAUGGGUCGAUAUUCUCCGGAACGGAAAGAGCGGCGAUCUUAUUGUAUGCAUCGGGCUGCGGACCGGCGCCCUUGUGGAGAGUUCUCUUGUGUUUAUGGUAGCGAAGGUAGGGAUGUUCCUUCAACGAAUUUUUGGCUUGUUCAUGCUGAGGGUUUAGAAAAGUGAAAUGAAAAGCCAAGAGCAGCAGCUGUUGAGCAGAAAGAAAGAGUUCGCAAAUUUCGCAAAUUUCGCAAAUUUCGAUGCGAUGCGAAAUUUCGAAAUUUUGAGGUCUUGGUAACGUUCCGCUCAGCUCAGCGUGAGCAGGAUCGAUGUUUCCGCAGAUCUCAGGAAACUCCGUAUUUUUUUUUUCCGGGUACUCGAUGGAUAUUUUUUCUGGAUGUAUGUUGUGAGGAUUUGAUUCACGUUACGUGUUGCUUUGUUCGUGUUUCCAUUCGGUGAUCUCGAAUUAUUUUGCGGAGCGGAUUCUCUGCGUUUCGAGCAGGCCGCUGGAACUCUCGUCUUAUGGUCUGAGAACGCGGUCUCAAGUAGUGCGAGUGCGGAUUCUGCGGAAGCUCUUGCUUUGUUCGACUCACCUCUGGCCGUAAUUGCGGUCUGUCGCAUCAGUCCGUGGUCGUGAUGACAGCCGGAGUCAUUAGGGAGAGUGCUAGUGUGAGUGCGCUCUCAGAGUUUGCUUCUUUCCUGUCACCAGAGUGCUCAUCUUUACCAUUGCUUUUUGCCGAUGCGCUGCUACAGCCGUCCUCUCCUGUAAUUUUCUCGGAGACGAUCAUUCAGGUAGCAGGAUAUUUCAAGAGUCCAGAUGUCAAUUUAGGCCUACAGAUUCCGAUAAUGGUGAUUUAUCCCUUGAUUAAUUGGUUGAUGAGUUGAUUUGUUGAUUGAUUGAUUGGCUAAUUGAUUGAUUGGUUGAUUGGUUGUCGAUCAUAAUAUUCUGGAGGCCUACAGAUUCCCAUGAUGGUGAUUCAUCGAUUGGUUGAUUGAUUGGUUGAUUGAUUGUUUGAUUGAUUGGUAGACCGUUUCACUUAUUCAAUCUCGGGGUUUCGUCAUGUUUCAGUCUUGUCUAUUUGAGGAUGACACGGCGCCCUCAUGUUUUGCUCGAGGACGCCGAGUUAAUGAAAUUCCCACAGUCGGCUGCGGAGUCGUUCAAGCAACUGGGGAACCAGCGGCUUUCGGUGACACGUGUUUCUUCGGAUAGCGAUGAUACAUCGCUGACAAGAUGGAACAUGUCAAAAGUACGCGCGCGUCGAGAUGGGUUUCUUCGGAUAGCGAUGAUUGAUAACGCGUCCUUCAGUACGCGCGCGUCGAGAUGGGUACGAAUUGUGUAGGACGAUUGACCCCUCUUCCCUCAUCCUGAGGUGCUGCCACUGUCCCUAGGCCGGCGUACAUAGGUUCUGUCACCAGGCUUGUGGGUUAGAGCGGAGAUUGUGAGGUGAAAAAACGGUCAGGAGAGAGAUGGCCCGUGUGGACAGAGAAAGGCUCGUGUUGUAAGGCGGUGUUGAGAGAGACAGUGGUCGAUGGGCGUCGAGGUAGUGAUGAAAGGGGAGAGGUGGAGGGAGGUCACCAUGGAACGUCGCCAAUUUUCAGCUCGGGCUAUUUUUUAAGGAACAUGGUUGCAAAGGGGAGCCGUGGAGGGAGGUGGAUAUUUCGCACUUGCUGCAUCUUUUUGAAAACAUGUUACAAUUUUUUGAUUAAUAAAGAUCGACCUUUGUC